UUUCUUUUGGGAUUCACAGAUAACCAAAACCUACAACUGAUUCUAUUUGUAACAUUUCUAUUAAUAUAUAUAGCCACCUCACAGGAAAACAUUACACUAAUGGCACUUAUCUGUGGCAGCCCAAACCUCCAUACACCUAUGUAUUUUUUCAUUGGAAACUUAUCUUUCCUGGAUCUCUGGUCCUCUGUCUAUUCCCCAAAGAUCCUGGUAAAUAGCAUCUCUGAAGACAAGAGCAUUUCCUUGGGAGGUUGUGCUGCUCAGUUCUUCUUCUCUGCUGGCCUUGCCUACAGUGAAUGCUAUCUUCUUGCAGCCAUGGCCUAUGACCGAUACAUGGCCAUUACAAACCCACUGCUGUAUGCCACUCAUAUGUCCAGAAAGUUAUGCACAGGACUGGUGACACUCUCAUAUCUCAGUGGUUUUAUCAAUGCUACAAUAAUAACUAUCAAAACCUUCACGUUGAGCUUCUGUAAUGGAAAUGUAAUUGAUGACUUCUUCUGUGACCUACCUCCAUUAGUCAAACUUUCUUGUAAUGUGCCUGAGAGCUACCAAUCAGUGCUGUUCUUCAUUCUUAUCUCUAAUGUAAUUAUACCCCUGGCACUUAUUCUUGCUUCAUAUGUCCUCAUCCUGGCAGCCAUCUUGAAGAUACGUUCCGCUGAAGGGAGACUGAAGGCCUUCUCAACCUGUGCCUCUCACUUAACUGCUGUCACUUUGUAUUAUGGCUCCAUCCUCUUCAUCUACUCACGCCCAAGUUCCAGCUAUGCUUUGAAGAGAGACAAAGUUGUAUCUGUCUUCUAUACAGUUGUGAUCCCUAUGAUCAAUCCUCUCAUCUAUAGUCUCAGGAAUGAGGAAGUAAAGAAAUCUCUUAAAAAGAAAGCAAAGAAGUGGAAGAUACCCUAA